CGUAGCAGGAAGGAGUCGCAGUAGUUCGGUAGGGGUGGUUUCUAUCACUGAAUACAAACCAGUUCAAGGAGCCUUUUAAAUAAAGAAAAGAGGCAGCGAUGGGUGACAUCCGUCAAUCGUUGCUGCCCCGCGACGUGUUGAGUGCGGCCAAGGAGCUGCUGUACCAUCUGGACAUCUACAUCAGUAACCUGGUGCAGUCUGGCCGCCAGCCACCCCAGGUCGACACCAAAACCCUGGAGCUGGUGGAGGAGUUCAUCCUACACUCGCCUAAAGACAGAAACGUCCAACCGAGGAGGAUGAGUGCCUUGCAGGAGCUGCAGCUGCUGGAGAUCAUGUGCAGCUGCUUCCAGGAGCAGAGCCGCGACACCGUCCGCCAGCUCAUGUUCUCCGCCCUCUUCAGUCUCCAGGGCAACCAGGCGGACGAGAGCCGCAUGGCGCUGCUCAGCAAGCUGGUGUCGAUGUCCGUCGCCGUGGGACGUGUGCCCAUAUUGGAGUGCGCCGCCACCUGGCUACAGAGGAGCCACCGGGUUUACUGCGUGAGGCUGGCCCGGGUGCUGGUGGACGACUACUGCAGCCUGGUGCCGGGCUCCAUGUCCACGCUUCAGAACAUCCACAGCUCCAGCCCGCGCUUCUGCUGCCAGUUCGUCACCGCCGUCACCACCCUCUACGACCUCACCACAGAGGAUCUCACACCUCCCCUAGAGCUCCUCCAGAUGAUCGUGUCGUGGCUCCAGGACGACCCUCACCUAGUCCUCAUCACUCUGCUGAACUCGCCCCUCUCUGGCAGCCAGCCAAUCAGCUCGCUGGACCUCACGCCGCUGGGCGGGCUAGUGCGCUGGUGUGUCAAAGCGCCGUUGGCCUACAGGAGAGGGAAGAAGCAGGGGCUGACCAAUGGGACGUCGGACAGCGAGACGGAGGCGGGGCCGCUGUUCUCCACGCUGCACCUCAGCGUGCUACAGGUGCUGAUGCUGCUCCCCAACAUCCUCAACGAGAAGGGGCUGUUUGGCCGCCUCGCACUCCUCCAGCUGGAGACCCUGGCCACGCUGACCUCCGACCUCUCGCGCCUGCUGGACCAGGCCGACAAGCACGGCCACGGCCCGUCGAGCGAUGCCCACGUCCUCUCCCAGCUGGUCCUGGACCGCCUGGCCCAGGCCCUGCAGGUGGCGCUGGCCAACGGGGCACUGCUCUGCUCUAGAGAGGACCUCAGAGCAAUCUGUUCCCGGCUUCCACACAACAAUCUGCUGCAGCUGGUGAUGUCGGGGCCGGUCAUGUACUACAACAACAUCCACACGCCACCCAUGGCCUUCAGCCCCCACUCCCCCAUCCCCUCCCACCCCACCCACCAGCCCCUGGCCUCCCCUCACUCCCAGUACCCCGCCCAGCCCUUCAUGGCGGCCAUGCCCUUCCCCUAUCGCCCCAACCACUGAAAUAAACGCUGUACGUGUGUGCAUGUUAGAACCGGGACUAAUCGUGUGUGUGUGUGUGUGUGUGUGUGUAUGCACACACGUACCUCCGAGAAGGACCUGAGAGAGAGUGACCUGAGCGAGAGUGACGAGGGGUGAUAUUAUUUGUGUGUGCGUGGUAUGGUUGUGCGUAAGUCACAACCCUAUGCCACAGGGUUGUGACCCAUGGCGACCCUUUGACGGGUGAUGUGAGCGGGUGUACAUCAGGCCUGCGGGCCUCAGGCUUGGAGCGGUGUGUCUGACCUGUUAUGUAGUUUGAUGUAUCAAGGGUUGGUAAGACUUCAACAUGCAUUGACUCACUUCAGGUCAUGUCUUAUAUUUUGAGGCCGAUACUUUUGUUGAAUAAAAAUAUUUUUUUACUCGA